AUGUCAUUCAGAUUCAAUGCUGAGGUUUUCAAAGAUAAUUCUUUCAAUGAAAAUAUCAAGGAGAAAUUAACAAAGGCUUUGAACUCAUCUACUUCCUCCUCCUCGUCGCCUGUUGUAACUAGAUCAGAGACUUGUGGAGAGGCGCCAUAUGCAGGCUGUUCCGAUGCAGUGCCUCUAGGAGCGGCUACGGUCACAGAACAAAGAACUCCGCAAAGUAGGGGAUCGACGACAACAACUACGACUACUACCACGAUAUCUCCGAAGACAAGAUCAACUAUGUCUUCCAAGAAGUUGGAUAUUCUGAAAAGUGAAAUUAUUGUCAGUAAGGUGAAUUUCCCUACAAUGCCGGAGCUUGAGAUCUUGGAUUUGGAUAUUAGCGCCCAGCCCAGGUCUCUCGUCAAAGGAAUCUGCAAAAUAUCGUGCAGAGACGCGAUGCUACAAAUUCAGACUGAAAUUGAAUCUAAUUUGUUAUUAGUAUAUUCGGACUAUUCGCCAGAUUUUACCACUCCGACUAUGAUCUGUAAGGAUUCUUUCACCAUUCCCAUUACUAUGGUUUUCAGCGAAAUUCGUCUUGAGGCAAUAACUAAUCUGUUUGUAAAAAAUUCAGGUAUCGGAAUAUCCUUCAAUGAUGUGAAUCUCGAUUUCAAAUUUGAUUGCUCCAUUAAAAUUCUGCAAUCAACCAUAGAAAAAAGAUUAAAAAAAUCAAUGCAAAUGCUAUUUAAAGAGGUGUUGCCCAGUGUUAUUUUCAACAUGUCCCAAACUUUGUUUACAGCAGAGGAAACAAAUAGGAAUGUCAUUGAAGGAAGUGACAAAGGGGAUGAGGAAAGAGACUGUACUAAAACAGUGCCAUUGUUGAAGGUCAUGUUAGAAGAAUCAGAUUUAGAACUCUCUCCGGCCAACAUGCUUCGACUCUCGACUUUGAUAUCAUCACGUCAAACUCUUUCAUUAAAUGCUACUGUGUUAAAUGUUCCAUCAACAAUCCCUGGGUGUCUCGAGAGACAAAACUUACGACGGUUCAACUCAAGAAUUCCCUCCUUGUCAAACUACUAUGCUAAUUUUUGUGAGAAGAAAGAGAAGCCUGCUGAUAUGAAGAGAUCAACGUCUUCUCUGGUAUCAAACUAUGCAUUUCAUGAGGCAGAUCAGAAUAUUUUGCCCGCAAAAGUCCUAGAGGGAAAUGCUUAUGAUUUAAAGACAAUAACAAGUAUUCAAAAUCGUGUAUUUGAACGGAGCACAGAUGAGAAUGUUCGUCCCAGAAGAAGAAAAAUCAAGAUUGCAAAGUCGAAAAAAAGCAGUAAUCAUGAAAGUCUCAAGGAUAAAGAUAAUACAAAUAGAGAACCAUCCAAUGCUUCAGGAGAGGGUGAAACCACCGAAGUUGAUUCCCCAUUAAGCAUACAGAGUGAAGAUCCUAUUUUAACAGCGCCUCGUCCACUUAAGCUCAUUAAGCCGUUUUCAUUAAUGACUGCUCCUUGUAGAAGCGAGUUUGAAAGCAGAGCUUACUCCCCUGCGACACUUAACUCUGUGAGUACUUUGAAGUUGCCGGUAAAUUUGAAUCCGAUGUAUUUUUCGCAGACUGAUAAACCUUCAUUAAAUUUUGAGCCACAGAUAGUAGUAUCAAGAGCAAACUCCCCAAGAAAACUCAAUUUACUGGAAGAAACGAAUUACUUCAAUUACAGACCAGAACUCCAUAAAUUGAGGUCUACAAUAUAUUCUCCUCUGGGGAAGAACAACGCUGUUUUACUCUCUGGAAAAGAGCUUUCAGAGCAAAGACAGCUCUUUGAGAAAAGGAGGUUAAGCUUUGUUGGAUUGAACUAUAAGGGAAUUAACUGGGGAAGUGAUGAUGAGCCACCGCCAUAUAUCAUUUGA